AUGAGCGGUGCGAAUCAAGGGCGGCGGGGGCCCCGCGCGCGGCCUCCUGGCCUCCCAGCCCCCCGCCCCGGCCAACUUUCAAGGGAAGACGCGGCGGCGUCUCCCCAGCACCGCUCUGUCUUCCGCGGGUCCGAGACCCUGGGGGCGCGCGGAGGACAGGGAGGGCCCCUGCGCGCUGGGCGCCGGGCGGCCUCCCGGCAAAGCGAGGAGCUGACACCUCCGGGCGCCGCCGCCCGUCCCCCGCGGCUCUCCCCGCGCGCCGACUCCCGCCCCCGCCCCGCGCCGCUCACACAGCCAGGCCGGAGGGUGCGGCGGGCGGCGGGGCGCGGAAAGCGCAUUACGCGAGAGCGGCGCGGGGCGCAGGGGAGGGGGCGCGCCGUCCUGCCUGGCGCGCGCCGCCGUCACCCAGGCGGAUGCGGAGAACAAGUGAGCAGCGCGAGGGAAGCCGAGCGGCCGCCUGGGGUGGGGGCGGCCCCGCGCACAGCCUCCCGCGGCCGCCACACCUGUGCGGGCAGUCGCGUGCGCCCCGCGGCCCCUUUACAUAAGCCUCGGUGCUCCGGCCGCGGGGGGAGGGAGAGGGCCCGGCGGGAGGCGCGCACCCCCUUGCUUAGUGUUCAGGGAAAGCGGGGCCCUAGAGCCAAGUAUCCGGAUGACGGGCCGGGACUCGCUCCAGGGCGGGGUGGGCGGUUUGUGAGUGUUUGUUUUGGGUGGUGA